AGUUUAACAAUCCAUAACUAGUUCGUACAUCGCUCUAACUUUUUCGCCUCAAAAAGAGCGUACUCUGAAAAUGAAAAGAGCAAAUUCCCAAAGCGAGCGAAUAAAAACAAAUUUUAGUGGCGAAACAACGCGAACAUCGGCGAAGUAAAAUAGCCAGGGAACCAGUCAGACAACAGCAAACCACAACCGCAUUAACGACUACAUCAACGCUAUAGCAUAAAAAAUAUUAAAAAAUUUUAUGGAAUAUACUAAAUUGAAUUUGUUGAUAAAUUUUGGAAAAUCCACGCACUUAGUUGUGCAUUGCGUUACUGGAAAUCGCAGAAAGUUUUGAUUAUCUGCAAUAGCAGCCAUAAUAAUCAAGAGGCUAGAAAAACUAAAACGUCAAAUAUAUAAGUAUUUGUUUUUAUGUGUGUGUAUUUAUGUGCGCACAUUGGCACACACGAAAAAGUGAACGAUUGGACUUGCGAAUCGGGAAACGACAAAGUCGUGGAGAUAGAGCGUUUUCAAGUAUUAUAAAUGAUGCAAACAAUAAUUAUUCCUGCGAAUAGUUAAACAUUAUUUACAGAUUAAGAAGAGUGUGGAUUAUUAUCAAAGUGAAUAAAUACAUAUGUAUGUAUAUACAUUGAAGAAAUCCAACUGAGGCGACUCAUCGUUUGCCAUAAAUAUGAUGUUGGGGGAAAAUAUCAACAAACGUAAUUUGAUGUUAAACUAAAACGAAAAUAAAACACGUUAUUGCAGGUGAUAAUUACAACCAUCUAUAUAUUUGUGUGCUAUCCCGGCGAAUAAAUCAAUACAGCGCAUUCUGUCCUGGUCAUCAACGACAGCUAUUUCAACCAAGCUAAACACCAACACUCGUGCAAAUAUAUGCAAACAAUUUAGAGAAGGCAAUCAAAAGCCAGGGAACGAAGGUAGUUGGAACUACAUGGUCACGAAUGCAAUAUUAGUACGAGCUGUGCGUGUCACGACAGUGUAAUAAACAAUAAAGUCAGCUGCCAAAUCCGUAUUACUGAGUAUUUUCAAUAUUUCUUGGUACAUUUUUUACUUGGGAUUUUUGAGGCAAACGCCAUUUGCAAACGGGUCGGCUAUAUCUGAGUGCAUACAUUACCAACUAUUGCUACUUAAGCUGUAGAAGUACCACAAUAUGGUGUGAUUAAAAGAGUACCGUUUUACUUGGAUUAUGCUUUCCUGGUUUCCCCACUCUUAAUAAUUUGUUAAUAUUUGUGGAAUGAAUCUAUAUCUUUCAGACACUCGUUAUACCCAUUUAAAAAUUCUGAUAACAAUUUCUUAAACAACUCCUUAGACGUGGAUAAUAUGUGUUCUCUGUACUAUAGCUUUUUUUCUAAUUAAAAAUCCCAAAUACUGGCAAUAGUUGAAAUAAAUGUAUUUUAGUUCUUUUGUUUGUACAUGCAAUUCGCAACACUAUAUGUAUAUAUGUAUGUUUGUAUAUUUAUUCUAAUUAUUUGUCAUUUUGUAAGCGCUUAAACGUUUUUCGGCCGAACUACUUCUCAAGUUUUUAGUGUGCGGCUUUAUGUUUUCUUCGAGAAAUGGAGUAAUCCGUAAGCUAUUCCAAAUCUCUGAUAAGCCGCUAAUGAGAUUUUAUGAAGAGCUUGUCAGAAAUACACUUGGGAGUAGUGACCGCAAUUAGGAAAAUAAAUAUACAAGCUGAUUUAAAUUAAUUUUCUAAUGUUGGCCUGGUCUUGAGAGGAAUCAAUCCCGUAACGCUCCGCCUUUUAUUACAUACAGCUAUAGCCAAUAGGCUUUGUGGCCGCCAUAUAAAUAUUAUUAUUACAGAAUUAGUUUGAAAUCAAAUUGGAUAAAGUUUGAAAAGGCUUGAUGAAAAGUGGUGUGAAACAUGAAAACAUAGUUGACUGUGAACUUCUUCAAAAUCACAAAACUAUGUUAUAUGAUUAUGUGUGUAGAUCCCCUCCACAGUGUCUAAAUAUUUAUAUUUGUUUUGGUAAAAAAAAGCUCUCUUACAAUUUGUGGUACUCAUCUUACUGGCUUUCUCUAUAAAUAGAUGGAUCAAGGUUAGUCUGAUCGGGAUCUAAUCCCCUACCUUCAGUUCGUUGGAUGUACUGUUACCUGCACGGCUACUGUAUAUACAUAUUGUAUUAAAUAUAUUGUGUAAUGUGUAUAAAGCAGUAUCUGUAACUUCAUACCUGUUAGCAUUUGGUGUAAUUGACUUUGUUGGUUUGCUUUAUGGUAGGGGGUUCAGAGAGUAUGAAGGGAGUUCAUUUCUUCUCACAUUGAUUUGAAUAUGUUUAGUAGGCGUUUUAGUUUGCAUACAUGUGUGACGAAUCAAAUUUUGUGCUCGUAUGUAUGCAUAUGCAUAAAUAUGUACAUAUGUAUAAGCAAUUAGUUUUCAUCGUGUGUAUUUAAUCGUGGCGUACGAAGAUAGCCGGUAUUCGCGAUGGUAAAAACGAUGUUUUCAUAUGACUGAUCAGCACCAUCUUCGCUUCGUCUGUCUUGCUUGCAUAUUCAGCAGAUGUGCUAUUACACUUUUCUCGAUUGCUCUUUGCUGCUUAAUUUGAUCACAUCAGCAUUACUAUGAUAUCAUCGCCAUUGUAAUGGAGCCAAAUAUUUUAGCUUCUGAGGACAGUAUCGAUUCGAUACCGGGUCCAACAUAUGAACGCAUCAUAGUCACUAAGUCGUCAUUGAAGUCAGGUGCAACAAAUAGUACAUCUAUAGCGGGAGAUGAAGAUGUAGAAAUGGAAGGUGAAGAAUAUAGUGAAGGUAAUGAAGAUCAUAUCGAUCCGGUGCAAAUUCAAAAUGGCCGGGGGGAGCUUGAGCGUGAUCAAGCCGAUGUCGAAGGUGAUGAUGGGAGCUUUUUGGAAGAUGAUUGUGGUGAACGAGAUGAUUAUAAAGAAAAUGAACAUCAAAUGGAACAAGUGGAGCUCAAUGCAUUGGAAGUUGCUGCAGUUGCAGCUGCCGCUGCCACAGAACUGCCAAGCGAGCAAGCUAGUAACAAAUCAGUAGUAGUUGACAAAAAAACUCCAAUUGCUGAAGAACCGGCUGUGGACCACGCGCGCAUUUGUCCCAUGCCGGUGCAAAUUGUGUCAGGCUUAAUAGUGAAACCUAAUAUAUUGCCCAUGAAAACAAAAAGCAAUAAAAUAAUUAUGGCACCACAGAUAAAUGAUCAGGCGGCAGAAGGCAGCACUGGCGCCAUUCUAUGCUCAUCAACUGGUCAGCCCAGCAAUUCAGGCCACAAAAUUGUGGGUGGUGCCGAGUCUAUGAUAUCAGAUGCUGAUAAACUUCAGUCUCUUAAUGAAGGGAAAUUACCAGAUUCCUUACAACAGCAGCAAAAUGCACGCUUUCUGGCUCGGAGCAGUACACCCCUUUCUCGUGAAUUUCUUGCACUUCAGCGUUCCGUGAAUGAAUCAAAAGUUUUGAGUGAAUUUGUUACCGAUCCAGUGCGAAAGCGUCAAAAGAAUGCACCGAAGGAUUCUACUGAGCAAACGAUUCCACAGCAACAACAGCAAAACAAUCACCAUCAUCAUCAUCAUCAUCAUCAUGGUGAAAAACAUCGUAAAUCUGGUAAAUUUGCUCCCUUAAAAGAUGAUAGUGGCAGUUCUAAUUCAAGCAUAUUGGCCCGGCGUUCACGUAGUAAGAGUGUAAAUCGCAAAAGCGAAGAUAUUUUAGAUGCAUCUGGUGGCAAGUUGAAUCGUUGGCCCUCCGACGAGAAGAUGUUGAAGCGGACGAAUAUGCGUUCGCAAAAUUCGGAAUUUGUGCAAAAACAAAUGGAAUUUUUGAGUCGUGUAAAACACGAUGAGGGUGAAGUGUCGUCGGAAGCGGAUGAUGGCGAGCGUAGUUUUGUCAAUGGAGGUGAAGAGGACGACUUAAAUUUAGUAGUUGAGCAAAACGCAAUGAACGAGUGUAAUGUAUCUGCUGUUGGAUUGGUAGGUAGUAUGAAUUCCUUGUCCGACGUAUCUUUGGAGCGGGAAUGUGUUGGUAAUAUUGGCACGUCUCCUAAAGUAGAUAGCGUCGAGGCGCGUUUAUUAACUUAUUGGGCACCGCCACCGAAGCGAGGUUGGGAUUGCUUUUGCUGGAAAUGCCGCGAGUGUGUUGAUCUUUUUCCUUGCUCUAAAUGUGUACGCUGCUUCCAUUGCACUUGCAUCAAGGUAACAUCUGCUACCAAAUUAGAUGAUACAUGGGUUUGCCCUGAGUGUUUGAACGUUGAUAAUGUAUUAAAUGGGCCCAAACGAAACUCACGCCGCGCAGAGAUAUCCUUAGAUUUGUUGAGCCAAUUACUUUCAUUUGCGCUGAAGCGCAUGAAAAUGGUUAAAGGGUAUUCGAAGUUCCUAUAUACCGACCGUGAUCUAUUGCAUUACUCCAAAUAUAUUGCAAAUCCAGUUACGUUCACAACGCUGCAAGAAAAAGUCGAGAAACGCGCUUUCCGCUGUGCAGAAGAGUUCCUCAACGAAACAAAAUGGAUACUACAUAAUGCGCUCAUCUUAAGCAGUGGCAGUUCUAGCAAAGAGGUGUUUACUGCUAAAGCCAUACUGAAAGUAUGCCGUCAGGAGACUAAUGAAAUCGAUACCUGUGCUGAAUGUUAUUUAAAUGCAAAUACGCGUACCGAUUGGUUUGUUGAUGUCUGCUCACAACCACAUCUCUUACUUUGGGCCAAAUUGAAAGGAUUUCCCUAUUGGCCAGCUAAAGCAAUGGGUCCGGGUCAAGGGCUUUCCCAUGUGAAUGUACGUUUUUUCGGCGAACACGAUCGCGCUUUUGUGCCGGUCAAAGAUUGUUUCCUCUAUUCGGAACAGGAUCCGAAUACACAAACUGGAAAACGUUCGGCAAGAGAGCUCGCUGAUUGCAUUAAAGAGGUUGAAGUGCAUAUUGAGAAGAUCAAAAGUAAAGUUGGCACUUUUAAAUAUGCAAAAUUUAAAACACCAUAUGAGCCGAUGGAUGAAUUGCAACAAUUGGAAAUGAUGAUACCCGGCGUUACGGAGUAUAUGAAAAGGCAACAGGCAUUGGUGCCAAAACCUUCCUUGCAGUAUAAAAUUGUAAAGACAGCCGAUAAUCAUUUGUCGAUUAUAAAAAAGGCGAGUACAACGGAGUCGGGUAAUGAUUCGGAUCAUUCUGUUAGUCCGCACAAGAAAGCAAGUAGUACUGCUGCAUGUACAAGCGGUGGUAGUAGUGGCGCUUCUGAUGCCAAAACAACUGUAGUAACACCUAAAUAUGAGGUGGUCAGUAAAGCAAGCUCCGAUGAUAGCAAUUCCUCAAAAGUGACAGCGGUUAUACUGAAACGCAAGUCUUCUACUGAACAUAAAAAGGAAGCAAAUGAUGAACUUGAGCUGCCCAUGCCGAAGAUGAUAAAAUUUGAUGAGGAAGGGGAUGAAAGUGGGCAGCUGGCUAAUACUAGCACUACAGAUCAUGCUAAUGCUGGUGCAGAGCAGAUUAGCGCCGAUACUACGGGUAAGCGCAAGAAUAUUGACGAUCCUUGUGAUGGUAGUACAAACACAAAUUGUAGUAGUAUAGAUGGCGUCGCUAAUAUGGAAACAGCUGGGGGCCAACGCACCAAGUACGCUAAAUAUGAACCACGGGUACCAAUGAUUACAAUAAAAACAAAUGUAAAAGAAUUGGGGGUAGUUGUUUGUCCCGAAACAAAGUCUUCGACUAGGAGUUCGGCAACAAAUCCAAACAACUCAAUGUCGGCCAUUAUAAGUACGGAAACAAAGAUAUCUAACUCGGUAAAAGAAGAGGUGGCUAUUGCAGCAUCUUUAACGCCUAUAACGACACACUCUAGUAAUAAUAAUGCCCAAAAAUUGAUGGAGAAUUUGGUUAAAAAUAAACACGGCGUGACAAUUAAGAAAAUAUCGAAAGAGGGACUGAAGAAGCCAGAAGAAUCUACAAACUCGACAAAUGUAGCAGGGACUGGACCAAUAACAGAUGAGACGCAACCAAGCGGACAGUCUGUAGAGAAGAAAUCAACGGAUGCGGCAGCAGAUCCUGCAAUAGAAUCACCACAAGAUGUAGCUGUGCAUAAAAACAAUCCCGUUAACGACACAAACCCUAACCAGGAGGCUGAUACCAGCAAUAGUAUAACAAAAAAUUCUGAAAGAAACUUGAAAGGUACAGCGAAAUCUGCAACGAACACGCAUAUACUAAAGGAUUUGGUACCUUUUGUGGAGAUUAAAAAAGAAAUUACAUCAGACGAUGAAGCGGAAACACAACCCGCCCCCGACAUGGACAUUCAAAAUAAUAAACAAAAGGAUGUAGUUGCUACGACCACACCCUCGACUAUGCAAACCCUACAGGCAAUUGUAGAAACUCCAUUACAAGAAUCUCUGCCUGCAACCUCUACACCGAGUGUGGAGCCUAACUUAUCACUCGUCAAACAGGAAGUGAUGUCUGAUGAGGAAGAAGCGGUUGGGGUUCCUUAUAGUACAGCGUCUAUAUCUUCUUCUCAGCAAGAAGUAAGCACAUCUUCAACUCUUGGAGAUGUGGCGGUUGAUAACCAGUCUGGAGUGAUGACCACGAAUUUGUUGCCUGAUGCUGUGCGCGUGGGUGAGACUAUGAUACAACGGGUUAAUACGAAAAAUCUGCGGAACUCUCAGCCUAGUUUGGUUGCACUUAAGCCAGUCGAGAAGGCAACACAGGAAUCAGGCGCCGUCAUGGAUGGCUUGACACCUGGUUCCUCGGCAAUGCAUGUUAACCAGCCCAAUAAGCGACCAAAUACUCGCGGUGUACCAUACGGCCCAUUGCCAGCUUCGGCUAUUAUAACGCAACAAUCCCAACCACCGAAAAGCGUUGCUUCGAGUAACACAGCAAGUCGGAUGAUAUUGCAACAACAACAGCAACAGAAUUUAUCUCAGUUGCAGUCGCAAACACAGACACAGUCUUCGUCGCAAACCCAGCCUCAGUCAUCGUCACAAACUUCGCCGCAGUCAACUUCUCAAGUUCAGUCCGAAUCGUCUCAGGCGCCUCUACAACGCGCACGAAAAUCAUUCCCUAAUCGUAGCACUCCCGACAUCAGUACGAUCCGAGGCAAUGGUUCUAAUCUACCGCUGCCACCUCCUGCUUUACCUCCACCCAUUACAUCUUCAUUAACAAAUAAUAAUGAUUUGAAACGGACUCUAUUGAAGAACAGCAUGGUUUCCAUACCAAGACAAGCUUGGUCACCACAUGAUCAGCAACGUAAUGCCAACAUUGUUAUUAGCAACACGAAUACGAAUUCAAUACCAGUGCCACCGUUAACAGCAGUCUCUAAAACAUCUACAGCUUUGACCGUAUUGAGCAACAACAGCAGUUCCAGUGUCAACUCCAAUAUGAAUGCGAAUAUGGCAAUCAACACUACACCAAUAGCAACCACCUUUGUCACUUGCAAUGGCACUAUAGGUCCAAAUGGACCGGCGUUACUUACACCUCUCACUAUGUCAGCACCACCUCCGUUGGCGGGUCUCUCUCAGUCAUCUUCUAAUAUGAUAGCAACCCCAGCGGUAGCGGCUAUAACAACAAAUAUGCCACUUUUCGACGUCAAUACUAAUAAUAGCGUUAGCACUGGCAGUGGCAAUAUUACCCUAUCAUCGACAGUUGAGUUAGCUACACAGCAGGCAGGCACUUCGAGCAGUACGAGUGGUGUGGCAAGUACAUCAAGUGGUGAUCUCGUCACUCCUAGUUUCACGGCCAUGGUUACGGAUGCCAUAUGUCGAGGACCACCAAAAAUGGUGCAACGUCCCAAUGGUCCACUGAAAUCCGAUGGCACGACUAUGUUUCCCUCCCAAGCAGGGCCUGUUUGUCAGACGUUAGUGGAGAACGCGCAUAAGUUAACGGACUUUUUUAUAUCGGUCAUGGAAGAUACUAUGCUAGAAAUGUCUCUCGGCGAAGAGCCGGUGUUGCAAGCUAAAAUAACACUUCUGAAAAUGGAACUUGAACGCACCAAACAGGCAUAUGAGCAAGAAAUAGCUGAACUGAAACGUACCUCCGAUCUGAUGAUAUGCGAAAUGCGUAAAAGUAUGGAAAACGAGAAGACGCGAAUUUCCAACGAAAUUCGCAAGCAAUGUGAGCAAGAACGUUUGCGAUCCAUUGAUGAAACCAAGAAGAAGCAAUGGUGCUCAAAUUGCGGGCGCGAAGCACAAUUCUAUUGCUGCUGGAAUACAUCAUAUUGUGAUUAUCCCUGUCAGCAGAUGCAUUGGUCGCGUCAUUCGGCAACAUGUGCACAAACACGACCGACCAUUGCCAGUGCUAGCGAUAGUUUGGCAAAAACGGUAAGCACCAUGACAACAACAGUAUCUGCAAUGGGGUUACAACAGCAACAGCAGCAACAACAACAGCAGCUACAACAAACUGGUUGUGGUAGUAAAAAUGCUAGCAACAUGAUGGCAGUCACCAAUCCAACUUCAAUGAAUGUGUCACAACACAACUAUAACAAGAAUACGUUGAGUAAUAAAAAGGAAAAACAAAAAGUUAACCAUCAGCAAUCCGUAGCAAAUUCAAUGGGCGUCAGUAGUACGGGUAACAACUCGAUGUCCUCCAUUGCCGCUGGUGUGUCAGUACCAACCGGUGCACCGACUGAAUUGCUGAAAUUACCCUCCAAUACGUAUUUGCGUACCGUUACGCAGGGCGGCAGUGUUGGAAACAAUAAUAAUGGUGGAGGUGGAAAUAUGCGUGGUUCAACGUACUCAGUGCAGCGGGUCAAUAUUCCGUUGCCCAUCACAGCACUUGUGCAACGCGGCAAUAGUUGGGAACUUACCAGCGCAGCUCCUAAUAGCAAUUCCGGCGCUGCGAAUAUGGCCGCAUUAACUGCGCCGGGCUCAAACCUAACACAAGCAAUGACACAAAUGGCACCGCCGCAGCAACAACAACAGCAGCAGCAGCAGCAUCAGCAACAUCGCAUGAUGAGUGGAAGUGGUACAACAUCGAAUAUAUCCAUGGGCAGGAGUAACUCGCGAAAUCGUGCAGCUGCAGCAGCAGCACAAGCUAUGCAACAAACAAUGGCCACAAUGCACAAUACAACGAGUGGGACGGCAACAUCCAUGCCUUGCGGCAUGAUGCGGCCGACGCAAAUGUGAUGAUGAGCAGUGGCCGGGUGCACAAAUGUCGGCGAAAAACAAACACCAAUAGCACACACGAAAAAUGCUCCACAAACGGCAAGCUGUAGCGGCAGCACCGGUCCAGGUACUGUCCCGCCAAUGAGCCGCAAAAUAAAAACUGUCACAGCGACGAGGAAGAAACUAUCAAAUUCCGUUGCACAAUUUCCCAAAGCAAUAGCAACAAAUGCACAUUCAGCAAUAGCAAUGGCCGAUGCUAGUCCGCUUUCGAUAUCACUUGUACGGAAAAUAAAAAAGUUUGACGGAUGAAUGAUUGAGUCUGGGUAUUCAUAAAUGCCUAGAAGGGUGUGCAAAUAUUAUAGCCAUCGUAUGCGUAACCCUUAUAAAAACAAUUACAACGAAGUGCUGUGCACUUGAAAUUGCUUUCAAAUUGACAUCUUGAAUUUUAAUUUUAUUUCUGAUUCUAAAUAGAUUUACCUUUUUUUUGAUUUGUAAAUAUUAUUAUUAUUUAGUUUAGCAAUUAAAGUAACUGGAUUUUCGAAUAGGUUUAACAUCUAUGGUAGUAUAUACAUAUAUAGAAAUAUAAACGUUUCUGCUAGACUUUAAAACCGUAUUAUAUGCUAUGUAUAUAUGUAUGCUUUCACAAUACAUAUAUAUAGCUUAUGUACUCUUCUGGAAUUAUAGAAUAAAAUAAGCUUUUAGGUAGUUUAAAAGUAUUCUGUACAUAUUAAACAGUUAUAUAUGGAUAUAUGGAAACCAUCAAAAAGUUUACGAAUUAAAAAUAAGAUUAUAAUAACAUAUACUAUGCAAACAUAUGUAUAAAGUCGCAUUCACACUCAUUUGUAAUUUGCCUCAUAAACCAUCUUCACAUCGUUUAAUUUAUGAGAAAUUCUUUGAAACGUACUUUUUCAAGAAUAAAAACAUAUUUACGUCUACUGGAACGAAAAUAGUUGUAAUUAUUAAGUACUCUCGAGGGUGGAGUACUAUUUUAAAUAUCCACAAGAAAAUAUUAGGAAACGACGUGAUUAGUUUUUAAUUGUGAUUAUCACUAAACCUAUACAUAUAGAAAAAAAAACGUAAUCGUACACAAUUUAGUAACAUAUAAUUGUAUAUGUACAUAUUUUAUAUGUCAAAAAUACAUAUAUGUGUAAUAUAUUACAUUUGCUUAUGAUUACGAAAACAUAACACAAACAACUAUGCAAUAAUCAAUGAAUGUUUAGACUUAAUUUCCUUAAUUUUCUUUUAGCUUUUUUAUAUUUCAUACUACUUUAUUUAGUUAUAGAUUUUUUGAACUAUUAACAUAAAACAAUUACACAUUUACAAUAGAUUUAUAUGUAUGUAUAUAUUACGCUCAAGAAACUGGACUUAACAUAUUUUGAAUUCCAUAAAUUAAAGUAAUAAAAUAAAUUGCGAAAAUAUUUUAAAUAUUA